AUGUCAACCCCUUUAGCGGGCCCCCUCUCCUUCGGUGUCGGCGCGCGCAUCACCCUCUCCGUCAUGUCCGAUCGCUACGUAGAGAUAAUCCUCUCUGCUCUGCGCGCGGUCGACUCAUCCAACCUCAUCGUAGAAACCGGAGACGUCAGCACCUAUAUCGGCGGCUCCGAGGCCGAUAUCCUCCGUUACCUCGUCGACCUCACCACCCACGUCGCAGAUAGUGGCGCCCACUCCUCUAUCGCCGUCCACCUCUUCCGCGGCUGUCCCGGCGCCAUCUCAUCAGAGCGUCCCGUCGUCCCACGCGUCGUUGACAUUCCCAAGGCGCACAAGGAGGGCUCAUGGGCAGCGGCGGAGUGGGCGUUGUACCCGUUGACAGAUACGGCGGGGGCGGAUCAUAUGCGGGAUAUCUACGCGGCGAUAGACUAUGCGGUGGGGAAUGGGACAUUCGUCAAGUCGGAAAAGUCGGUCACGCGGCUAGAAGGGAAAGUGGGGACGCUGCUAGAGACGGCGAUGGCGGGGUGGAUACAGGUUGGAGGGAGUGUACAGCACGUAGCGUCACAUCUGACGAUCUCGGUAAACAGUCCGAGUCAUAGAGGCAGGGAGUGA